ACGACACUGUACGUAUUGUAUGUCAUACGUACCUACAUGCAUCAUGCAUGUUUGGUAUUUGCGUGCCGUUGGCCGUGUGUGGUUUCGAUUUGACUAUAGCAACGUCCAAACUUUUGUCACUGUCAAGUGGUGUAAACAGUAUGUAUACAGAAUUUCGAUAGGCAAGGCAAGGAUCGAAGAAUAACAUAUACAUAUUCAAACGAAUAUCAUUGGUGACCGUCGGAACACGCAUCAUCGGGCUGACAAUCGAGUCGUUUAAGAAAAUCCAAACGUAUUGAGGUCAAGUCAAAAAGUUACAGUGAUUAUCAUUGCGGGGAGGUCGAAUUAUCUCGCGGAUGGUAGUCAACCUAUCCCAACCUGCCCUGGAAUAACGAAGAAAUGGCUUUGACGAAUAUUUUACUGCUCAGCCAGAUAGCUGGAUACGUCGUCGCCUUGAUUUUGUCUCUAUGCAUAAUGGUGCCCAUGAGCCUUCAUCAAAAUGAAUUUCGCGGGCACUGCCUUCUAUUUUCUACAGGCAUAUGGCAGGAGAACGACGGCCAGUUUAUGGCUAAUUGGGCAUCGCAGGCUUAUUGUAACUACACAAUACUCGUCGGUCUGGUUCUAUUCUUAAUGUGCGCUGUACAGAUAUAUCGCCUAUCCAUGCUGAUGUAUCGUGGGGAGGAUAGCUCUUUUCUAUCAGCAUUUGUAGAUGUGGUUUGCUCUGUACUUUUAACGACGUUAACUCUCAUCGCCGCUGUUAUUAUCACUUUGGGAUUCAUGACGUGGUGUCAAUGUAUGACUAAGAGAUUUCCGUCGUGCGAGCUUGCAGCAGGUAACGAUAUAGACAAAGCUGACGGAAUCGACACUGCUGGGUUCCACAUAGAAUUGGGUGCUGCCCAAUUCGGGGCAUGGAGCAGCCUGUCCGUUUGGGUAGGCCUCUCGGUAUUUGCCGUCUUAAAGCUGUUGAGGUAUCACCAGUUGGAAAAUAUGAAAGUAUCCAUGUACAGAGAGAGGCAGAGAUUGAUCCAAGCUGGUGAUAGGUCUUCCCAACCGAUGCACAGUUAGGUUUGAAAUAAAGUGAAGGUUCAUAGUUUGGGAUGCCAUUGAUGAAAUUAUGAAUUAUAGGUAUCUAUUAAUAGUCAAAUGUACCUAUAAUUGAAUCAUUUAUCCCAACAUAUAAAAAAGUGCCGAGAUCCCUGCGUAUGCGCAAUAGUAUGGACCUUCUUUCAAGUAAGGCGUAGACAGAAACAUCGUUCGAUAUUGAAUGCGUUUCUCUGUUCUGUAUAAUUAAAAGUGAAAAAUCUCUCAAAUUGUCAGAGGAGAUAAAUUAUGCCACAGGGGUUUCGUGGCAAUGUCAAUGUGUAAUAGGAUUACAUUGAAUAUGUAAAGAGUAAGCUCAUUUUAUUAUGUUAUAUUCUUGAAAGAGGUGGAAUGGAAUUCCUCCACCGCGUAUGGAGAUAUCUGAACAAAGAUAUGACUGAAAAGGCAACAUGAUUUGGCAAUCGUCGGCUAUAAAGUAUCGCCCAAUAUUAUCCGUGUGGUUGUUUUAAUCUCACUAGAUGUUAUUGCUUGUGACCUUUGCCAGUUGUAUAUCCAUAAUUCUUGACACCCCAAAGCACCGAUGUCUAUUUACGUACUUGACGCCGAAGGUUGUUAUCGAAAUGAUUACCAAGCUCAUCAUUUUGACAUGGGGCUACUUUUUGUUAUAACUCAUCGAACAAUAAAUCAACAGAACAUAUCGGUUAUAAUUACGAAAAUUUUCGUGUCUCAAGGAUUAGAUUACAUUGGCGGACAAAUUCUUAAUGUAUGGCAUUGUAUUUUAUUUAGUUUAUUUCAGUCUAUCUAUCAAAUUCAAUGAAAUACACAGUCUGUACUUGCGAAUUCUAUAAAGGCAGUGACAAGCGGUACCCUUAAAUAGGUCUGGAUAAUAGAUUGAUCAAAUAAAAAAAACUGAGAACUUAUGAUAUGAUUGAACAUCAUCCAGUUAACUUUUAGACUUUGUCUCAUGUAAACCAACUUGCAUGUAAGAAAUAAGGCUGAGAGUUCGUUUUGUUCGAUGUUUAUGAUUGUUGUCAGGGAAUGCGUAAGAAAAAAAAAAAAAAAAGAAGAAGAAACUAACGACCAUACUAGAGCGUGAAGCUUGUUGUUGGAGCUAAUCAGUGGUUACAUGAAAUCCCAAAUACAUAUUACUGUCAUAAAAAAUACAA